GCGGCUUAGUUAAGAAUAUAGGCUUCGCGCUUGCAUCGACGUCAUUUGGCUUGAGAUGGCAGAAUUUUUUUCCGACAUAAUGAGCUAGCGGAGCGAAUUGAGAAAUACGAGUUUCGCUGCUGAUACCAGGAUAUCAGCUUCAUCUUUGACAUCAUUUGACUUGACGACAUCUUCACAAUGGCCAAAGAUCAUCUACGCCGGCUCCUUUCCAAUGCCUCGGACGAGUCAGAUGAGGAAGGCAGCUUACCUCGACACGUGAACAAAGAAGAAUCAAGGAAGAAAUACCUUGUUUCGAAAUCUUUUCUCAAGUCCUGCUGCUUUUUUUUACUAUUCUUAAUAGCCUGUGUUCUGUCUUUCUGGGCUGGGACACGUGUGGUUCAUGAGGAAUCAAAUACAGAUGAAUUAUGCGCAAAACACACGACUCAGUGGUCUCCUCUCAUCAGAGAUGUACCAGUUCAUUACAGCUUCAAAGAAUUCAAUGGCUCUUUCAUGAAUGAAGACAUUUAUCGAAAAGUUGGAUCACCAGAGGUUGAUAAAGCCUGGGAAGAUCUUGGGUCUGACUACCGAGCUGGUAUUAUUUCAUACAAAGAUGGUCUAGCUAGUGGGUUGGAUCCAUCAUUUGUUCAGCGAGCCGAAAAGUACGGCGGAGGCUUCAUCGUUAACGUCGAAGGAAUGCACCAUUUGCAUUGUUUGAAUCUAGUGCGCAAAGCACUCUACUUCAACUACGACCGAUAUAAAAAGUUAGGGGAGCAUGCGUUUGUAAACGAUGAUUUUAUACUACGCCUACAUGUCACGCACUGUCUAGACACUAUUCGUCAGGUCUUGAUGUGCAACGUAGAUACAGGUGUGCUCGGACAGGUGUGGGUUGACCCGAAGCAGCCAACGGCGUUUCCAGAUUUCCGCACCAAACACGUUUGCAAGAAUUAUGACGAUAUACGCAAUUGGGCAGAAAACCUUCAGGCUCCACCUCCCGAACAGAUCCCCAAUGACUACUUGGCUCGCCCAAAACAAGGAGAUGUCAUAGAAUUCACACCUUAAUAGUGUAAAUUGCAUCAUAUAAAGAGGUCUCAAUGGGUGUUUUAAUGUAUUUGAUUGCUUUGGACAUAAUGUUAAUACAUCUUGGUAUCCCCAAUACAAUAGCUCAGUUUUG